AACUCCAUCCGCCACAACCUAUCGUUGCACAACCGGUUCAUGCGCGUGCAGAACGAGGGGACCGGCAAGUCGUCAUGGUGGGUACUCAACCCCGAUGCCAAGCCGGGCAAGUCCACGCGCCGCCGUGCCAACACCAUGGAGGGCGGCCGCUACGAGAAGAAGCGAGGCAGAGUCAAGAAGAAGCUUGAGGCGCUCCGGAACGGCCAGGAGAUGACGCCGUCCCCGUCGUCAUCGCUGAGCGAGAGCCUGGACUUGUACCCCGACUCCCCCCACACGCACCCAGUGCACAGCGCGUACAGCCAGCUCUCUCCGCAGGACUACCGGCCCAGGGCCUCCUCCAACGCCUCCUCCUGCGGGAGACUGUCUCCCAUCCCCGCGAUAGAGUCCGAUAUGCAUGAUUCACAGGUACCGCCCAUGUCCCCUGGCAUCGGCGGGUGGGGCGGCGAAUACUGGCCCCAGGUAUGCCGACCAGUUAGUGGACUCCAUGGGUGAAGGGCUGAAGCUCGGGCCGGACUCCUGGGGCGGCCCAGCACGCCCGCCCAACCCCCAAGACUGCAUGAAGAUGUCACAGCUGUCCCCGCACGGCCCGCCCACCUCGCACAUGAACGGCUACGUCACGGCUUCAGUACCUUUGAAGAUUUUCGUUUCAACCCCCACAACCCUCACGGGCCGGCCUUCCCCCACCCGCCCGCACAGCAUCCGCCCACACCCCACCAAGACAAGAUGGCAACGCCCACACGCCCGCAUCCACACAAUAACUACUCCCUGACCAGUCUACAGGCCUUGUCCCCGGCACACAGCGUCCACAGUCUGUCGCCCACGCAGCCACUUGGGGAGGGGCACUACCCAGGGCCCGGAGGCGAGGCGCACCAGCCCUCCAACUUCCCUUCCACCCCCACCUCACAGCCACAACACACUCACUCCGCCCACACUGCCCUCUCGGCGUCCAACAGUGAACCUAAUAUGCUCAGGGCAGCAUUAACCCACCGUGAAGGCCACAAUAGCAGUCCAGGGAGUGGUAGCGCGGGCGGCGGCGGUCAGUCGGGUCACAACGGAGCGUCCGGUGGUGGGUCUGGUGGUUCUGUGCCAAUGCAAGACUUUGUGGACUUCGACACCCCGAUUCAGGGUGGCUUGGACUGUAACGUAGAGGAGGUGAUCAAGCAUGAGCUACAGGUCGAGGGGAACCUGGACUUCUCCUUCCCUCAAGCUCAUCACGGACAUGGGCACCCCGACACCCCUCAGAUGGCCGUGCCCUCGGGGAUGCCCUACCCAUGCUCGUCCAUCGCAGCCGGGAACCAGUGGGUCCGCUAGAAAGGUGCGAGAAAGACUAAGAGGUCCAGGACCUGAACGCUAGCAAGAACUCAUCACAACGCACACAUCGGAUCACCAGCUUGACAGCUUGAAGCUUUCCCAGCCCAUGAAGAGGUUCUAGCCGACCUGAGGUGGCCUGGGGCGCUGAGGCCAGGUCGACUCGAGGUGGCCUGGGGCGCGGAGGCCCGCCGACGCCCGCCCUGGACCGCGUCUCGAGCGUCGAGGCGCUGGGGCCGCCGACCGGCUCCUCGCCUGCGGUGGGGAGGCAACGGACCGAAAAUGAGCAUGUCGAGCAAAUUUUGUGAUAUUUUAUGCAGAAAAAAUAUAUCUCGGAGCUCACAAGAGCAGGUGGUAUAUAUUUUCUUCCACUAUGAUCCAAAGCGAUUUCCCCUCAGCGUCGGACGGACAGUCCAGCCGCGUCGAGACCAGCGUCGCCUCGCUGCCGAAGAGGUGGCCUUUCCGUCUCUACGCGCAGUAGGGAACGGAAACGGAGAAUCUCCCGCCGGGCCUCGGGCGGGGCUAGAACCGCGCAGAACCUGGCAGUUAGUGAACGCUGAAAUAAUAUCCUCAUGGGUGCGGAAAAAAAAAGAAAACAGCUGAUGUGGCCAUCUUAGGUGUUCCUGAAGAUGAUGUGUGAUGUGUUAACUGCUAAAGACAAUCAAACUAUCAAGAGUUAUCAAGAUGAAAGUGAAGGUGAUUGUGAUGAAACUCUUUAACCAUAGCGGUGGUUGUGAAGAAAAUAAGUGGAUAACGAUAGGUUUCGAUGAAUAUUAACUUCUGUUGUAAAGAUGUUGUGAUAGAGAUAGUGCUGGAGGCUAGGCUGGGAGAGACAGGACUCGCGCUGGCCGUCUCCAAGCAUAAUGUUCAGUGUGAUAAGCAGGGUUUCCCACCUGCCUGAUGCUAGCGGACGGCCGACGACUCCUUCGGCUCCACAGGGAGACGGGUCAGACGCUUGGGACGUGGCGUGUGAGUUGGGAUUCAGUGUGAUGCUCGUCCUCAGCCCAGCUGGGCGGGGGCGUCAGGGCGGAGGUGCUCGCCCGCCGGUCAUUCAUUGCUGCAGACCACGCGGGGCGACGCGGCAGAGCACCGGGAGCGGAGCCUACGCAGUGCACGAGGGAAACUGAAGUGACGGAGGAAACUUCCUUGCUCACCCACGCCAAUAUCGCCAGUCGUGGAAAGUGUCAUGGUGCUUUUCAUACAUUGUAUAAAUUUAAUAGAAUUACAGUUUUAGCAAUGACCAGCUUAUGUAACGCAGCAAUGAACCUUUGUAUUUUCAUAUGCAGAAAAAUGUCUACCCUCAUUUUGUUGUCCACAAAAAUCCGCGCAUUUUUAAUACCAUCAGCCCAGGUCAGUCACGCAGUUAUUAUUUAUCUAAAAGAAGUUUAGCCUCGCAUAACUGCACCGUAUGAUGAAUGUCUGAGCAAAUAAAACAAAGGCUUCGAUGUUCUUGCUGCAGAAGUGAAGCGAGACGGGGUUCGAGUGGCAAUUAAUAACUGAUUGUAUCCCUUGAAAAAGACUUUCACACGAAAUACCUGAAGGAGCAGUCAGCCGUGGAGUGAACAGACAUUUUGGUGUGUAAUUUGUUGAACUCUAUUUUGCCCGUCGUUCUAUGCUUAAAUGCAACAGUCGAGCUGUAACCAUUAAGCUGGUUCCUAGACGAGGU